AUGGGACUCAUACCAAGAUCCUCCUACUACGAUGCGCAAUAUAAACAGAGCGCUGCUCUGAUUCGCGCAAGAAGGCCGUAUUUGAUCAAGAAUACUCUCACCGGGCUUGGACUCUUUGCAUUCACAAUAUCCAUCUACGCCUACACUAUCAAAGCCGUCUCCCAAGAUGAGUUCGAGGACGUUCAAGUACCAACUACGCAACAAUCACCCCGCGCUGGCGCCAGCACCAGUACGAGCGCACCUGCUGCGAAAUAA